AUGGAGAGCGGAAUAAUAUCGGUGGACCGGUGGAGCCAAGGCAGCCAAGCUUAUUUCCUAACGCACCUCCACGCCGAUCACACACGUGGCCUUACUCCGACGUGGAAAUGGGGUCCGCUCUUCUGCUCCCGGAUCACCGCCAAGCUCUUUCCUUUGAAAUUCCCCCAAUUUAAGCUCUCCCUCCUCCGCGUCCUCGACCUCGGCCAUUGGUACACUCUCCCGCUCUUCUCCCCAUCGUCUGGCCAGCCCAUCACCGUCCAUGUCAUGGCCAUUGACGCCCACCAUUGCCCCGGUGCUGUGAUGUAUUUAUUUCGUGGUGAGUUCGGAUGCAUGCUUUAUACGGGUGAUUUUCGAUGGGAGAGAACGAGUAGGAGAGCGCAGAUUGCAAGGAAUAUGCUACUUAAUGCUCUCAAGCAAGAGAAACUUGAUAGUUUGUACUUGGAUAAUACUUACUGUAAUCCGUUAUAUUCUUUUCCUUCUCGUGAGGUUGCUGCUAGGCAGGUUGUCAAUAUCAUCUCCUCUCAUCCUAAUCAUGAUAUAGUCAUUGGUGUGGACUCAUUAGGAAAGGAAGAUCUUUUGCACUAUGUUUCACAAGUGCUGAAAAUAAAGAUCUGGGUAUGGCCCGAACGGUUGCAGACGAUGCACCUUCUUGGAUUCCAAGACAACUUUACUACCAAAACCUCGCUUACCAGAGUUCGCGCCAUUCCUCGUUACAGCUUUAGCAUUGAAACUCUUGAGGGAUUGAACAUGAUGCGUCCUACCAUUGGCAUCAUGCCAUCUGGUCUUCCAUGGGCAAAGGAAAUCUUUAAAGGUAAGGGCAGUGCCUUUGGUCCUUCUCCUUCGCAUGGUGUCACCUGCACGAAUAGAAAGAAGCCAAAUGGAAGUUUGGCAGGUGGCCAGAUCUACAAUCAAUACAUAUAUACAGUUCCAUAUUCUGAGCACUCAUGCUUUGCUGAGAUAAAGGAGUUUGUCCAGCUUCUGCAGCCCGCCAGUAUUAAGGGCAUUGUAGCUUCAUCACCCUCUUAUGUUGAGCCCCUGUAUUAUUUUGGCAAAUUUUGUGGUAAAAAGCAAGAAUCAAGUAUGUUGUACCAGAAGCUUUGGAGUGAAGAAAGAGUUGAAAGAGUCGAAACUAUUCAAAUUAAAUCUGCUACCAAAACCACUAAUUCCAAUCUUCAAGGGAAAAAGAGAAGAAAAAAGCAAGUGGGGCUUCUUGUGUCUCAUGUGAAUAGGGUGAGCUUAUUAAGAAGAUUGAGGCGUGGCAUAAAGAUCACAGAUACCGACUUUCCUGCAUAUGAGGACAACAUUUAGAUGAAUGGCUCCUUGUCAAUCAGCAACCUUGUCGCUACACAUAACAACUGAAAAAGAGAACGAGGAUGUCAAUUUUGCAGAAUCCGUAGAUGGAUCUUUUAAAUGCAUAUUUCUCACAGAAAAGCUUAAAGUUGAUACUUUGCAAGGAACUAUCCUUUUACCAUGUUCCCU